GCCCAGUGGUUGCAGGCCCAGACUCCCGAAAGCUUAAGACAGAGCGAAGAGGCGUAGGGCAAGAAACAGGAAGAGCAAAAUUCAAUUCAAUCGAAAUCCUCUCUCGGGUUAGCGGCGGUCGCCGGUGAAGAAGUAAACCAUUGAAUAGCGAGGGAGCGAAGGAGACGAUGUUGAGGGUUGGAUUGCGGCGUCUCACAUCUCUCUCUUCCCCGUCGUUGAGGCCCAACCAUGCUGUCUCUGCGAUCGGGAUGCAGAAUCCCCUUCACCGGGUUUCUGGGGAUUCAUCGCCAUCCGCCGACGAGCUUCAGGCCGACCGGUUUGCAAGCUUUUACUUUCCGUUCCAUGUUCCUCACAGAGGUUUUGCUUCUGGACCACUAGCCUCAGUAGACGAGGAAGGCAUGGCUCCUGGUUACUUAGCAACUGUGCAUGCUCUGAAGAAUCCCUCACCUAAGAUAGUAUACGAUGAGUACAACCACGAGCGCCUCCCACCUGGUGACCCUAGCAAACGAGCUUUCGCUUACUUUGUCCUCUCUGGUGGCCGAUUUGUGUAUGCUUCCCUCAUCCGUCUCCUCGUCCUGAAAUUCGUCCUCAGUAUGUCAGCCAGUAAGGAUGUUCUGGCCCUUGCCUCUCUGGAGGUUGACCUCUCAAGCAUCGAACCGGGGACCACUGUGACUGUGAAGUGGCGUGGGAAGCCAGUUUUCAUCAGGAGGCGAACGGAAGAUGACAUCAAAUUGGCAAACAGUGUCGAGCUGGCGUCUCUCCGAGACCCACAGCCGGAUGAGGCCAGGGUGAAGAACCCAGAAUGGCUGAUUGUUAUUGGGGUGUGCACGCAUUUGGGCUGCAUCCCUUUGCCGAAUGCUGGUGAUUUUGGGGGAUGGUUUUGCCCGUGCCAUGGAUCUCACUACGACAUCUCUGGUAGGAUUCGUAAGGGCCCAGCACCUUACAACUUGGAGGUGCCUACCUAUUCCUUUUUGGAGGACAAUAAGUUGCUGAUUGGCUGAAGAGUUCAUGGCAGAAAUUGCUUGUUUUGGCUGAACGUUUCCAUUUCUGGGAUGUCUACAGAUGUAUUUUAUUUUGCCUAGACGCUGCAAGUGCUUAUCUGCAGUGCUUAUCUUCUCAGCUUCUGACUAUAAUUUGUCAUUCUGUUGGAACAUGUAUAAUCUUGUCCAAAUGCACCUGGUAUUGCUAAGCAAUAAUAGAUACUUGUGAGAGCUGCUUUGCUUGUUUAUGAUUGUGUUGAUUACAGGUGAAUAGUAGUAAGGAUGGUCAAGGUCAGU